UGUACAGGACAGAGGGAGGAUAUUAGGUCAAAGUGAUUUGCGCUCGCAGCAGACGCUCAUCUCAUGGUAACAGAUUCUGCACGAGCGUAUGCGUGCUCCUGACGCAACAAGUAUCUGGUUUCCAGUCUCUCCUUUGGAUGUCUACGCGCUGUCUGGAGACGAUGAGCUUUUAAAAUGAAGAAAAUGCAUAGCCAACACUGUAUCUGAAGGAAUACAGUUUUAAAACUGACGUCUGUUGAACUGCGUUGAGUUUUAACUGAUUGCAUAAUAGUUGCUCAGACUUUUGUCGUUAUUUCUACUUUUCUAGUUGCAUUACAGGAUCGAACCGUAUCUGGAAGCAGUCUUUGGCGGAUUUUCAUCACAUCUUUUCUUCAGUCGUAUGUGUUUUACGCAUAUGGAUACUUUUCCGGAGCGCAGACGGUAGAUUAUGCAUUCCACAGUAUGGGUGCGAACAAUGGCAAACAGAGCGGGAGUGAAGGGAAAGGCAGUUCCAGUAUUUCCUCCGACCUGAGUUCAAGUACAGAUCAGACAUCAACCAAAGCUCCAAAGAAUGCAGCUACCAGUGAAGACUCGGACCUUAGUAUGCGAACAGUGAGUACGCCAAGUCCGGCUCUGAUUUUGCCGCCUCGUUCAUCUCCAGGCGUGCUUAAUGGCUCCUCCACGUCUUCCUCCACGUUCGGCACGGAAACCAUCGCCAUGGUCCACACGCCGCCCACUUCUCUCACCCAUCCGCAAAGGAGCCUGCGACAGCCGAGGGACCAGCAGGGGGCGCCCAUCGACAUCCUUCCUGACCAUGCUUUCCUGCAGAUCUUCACCCAUUUGCCCACCAACCAGCUGUGUCGGUGCGCCCGUGUUUGCCGCCGCUGGUACAACUUGGCCUGGGACCCGCACUUAUGGAGGACUAUUCGUCUGACUGGAGACGUGCUACAUGUGGACCGUGCGCUUCGGGUUCUCACUCGCAGACUGUGCCAGGACACCCCCAAUGUGUGUCUCACCCUGGAGACGGUGGUAGUCAGCGGCUGUCGGAGGUUAACCGAUCGAGGACUGUACACGGUGGCACAGUGCUGCCCAGAACUGCGUCGCUUAGAGGUGGCCAGCUGUUACAACGUGUCCAAUGAAGCCGUGUUUGAGGUGGUGUCACGCUGCCCCAACCUGGAACACUUGGAUGUUUCAGGGUGCUCUAAGGUGACCUGCAUCAGCCUGACACGGGACGUGUCCUUCAAACUCUCCCCUCUUCAUGGGCAGCAGAUCUCCAUCCGCUAUCUUGACAUGACUGACUGUUUUGCUCUGGAAGACGAAGGCCUGCACACCAUUGCUGCCCACUGCACUCAGCUCACCCACCUCUACCUGCGGCGCUGUGUGCGCCUGACCGACGAAGGCCUGCGCUUCUUAGUCAUCUACUGCCCGUCCGUUCGGGAGCUCAGUGUCAGUGACUGUCGCUUCAUCAGUGACUUUGGCCUGCGGGAGAUUGCCAAACUAGAGGGCCGCUUGCGCUAUCUCAGCAUAGCGCACUGCGGCCGCAUCACAGACGUAGGCGUGCGCUACAUAGCCAAAUACUGCAACAGACUGCGUUACCUGAACGCUCGUGGCUGCGAGGGGCUGACAGACCACGGCGUCGAGCACCUUGCCAAGAACUGCCUCAAGCUCAAGUCCCUGGACAUCGGGAAGUGCCCACUUGUGUCGGACGCCGGCCUGGAGCAACUUGCACUAAACUCGUUCAACCUGAAGAGACUGAGUCUGAAGUCGUGCGAGAGCAUCACGGGCCGCGGGCUGCAGGUGGUGGCAGCCAACUGCUUCGACCUUCAGCUGCUGAAUGUACAGGACUGUGACGUGCCACUGGAGGCGCUGCACUUUGUCAAGCGUCACUGUAAAUGCUGCGUCAUUGAACACACCAAUCCGGCCUUUUUCUGAGAGCUGCAUGCAUGAGAUUGUGUGGACGGAUUUGAGAAAAUAAUCUGUUUUGACCUGGGCCGGUGACGUCUCUGCUAGACAACACAGCGGAGACUUGCACUGCUGCACCUCUGUAUUUAAUUAGCAUGGUUGGGAGAAAUCUUAACUUUUUUUAAUCCAUUUAUUUAUAUUUUUAUUCACUUACAUAUUUUUGAUUACUCUUCUUGUCUAUGUCAGAUUGUAUAUGUGUAACAUGUAAAUUUCAUCAUGAAUGCAAUUUGUUGGUGUGUAGAGGAUUACAUGAUGUGACGUUAACCAGAAAUGAAACUAGACAUAUUUUACAGCAGUCCACAGUUUGUUUGUUUGUUAUUGUUGUUUACAUUUGAUAUCUCUGUUAUGAAAGUUUUGCUUUGUUACAUCAUGUAAGCCUUGUAAUAUCUUAGUUUCUAUCUUGGUUUCAUUGCUCAGAAAUAUUACCAAACAGCGCCAUUUUGCUGUGACGUUCACCUUUGUAAUGGUCAAUAAGGCUUUUUCAGGUGUUUAACAAAUGGAAGACCACAGUGGAAUAAAGAGGUCUAAGCCAUAUUAAACAAAAUCCUAAUGUCUGCUUUUAAUUAGCUAACCUGCAUUAACCAGUGUUCUGUCGAUUUGUGCAACCCUGACAGAUUUAGCUACCUCCAAUUAAAAAAAGUAGGUAGAACAAUUUGACAGCGAAAAUGCUUCAUUUCAAAUUAUGGUUUAUUAACACCUACACCUAACAUUCACAGUAAUGCAAAUACAGUAAUGAUGUGUUAUUCGCUGUUGUGGCUAGAAGGAAUACAGCUAAGGCCAGAAACCAACAAAUAAAUAAAUUUUUCUACCUA